CCCCGGAUCAAAUCAGGCAGCCACCUUCUUCCCCUCUGUGACCAAUUUUUUAUGCGUCGUCCGCCUGCAAGUGGCAAAGCUCAAAGACUAAAAUACUGUUGCCGACUAUAGAAAUUGCAUCCGCAUUCCUGCCUUUACCCUUCCCAGUCCUCGCCCAUCCGCUCCUCCGUCAACACCUCGGUGGCCGCCGCUGCCGCUGCCGCGGCCGCGGCCGCACCCGGUGUCCAGUCACUCUGCCUCCCUAUCUUGCUCGAGAAAGACAACAUUUAUGGGGCAUGACCAUAUGUCUCGCAUAAAGAUGCAUAUGGCAGAAGGUUCACUUGUUGACAGGAACCGUUGCCAGCAACCUGGGUGCAAUGAGGUUGUCGAUGGAAGGGUACUGUACUGCAAAUUUCACAGCGGGCUGUCACGCCAACAAUACAAUCACCUCCACAGUGCACAGGGGAGUUCAGGUUUAUUGGUGCCUCCUUUUGACGACAGCCAAUUUAAUGGACCUGUUUCCAGUGCAGUUACAUGCUCUGAGCAAGAAAUGCACGUCAAGCAUGAAGGGGAUGAUCGCGGUAAACUAAAGGAUAGUUUAGGGAACACUCAGGGUCAGACUACACAGUUGGUUUUUCGUGGGGCAGACAGGGUUUGUAAGCACGAAAGCUGCAGCAAGCAGCAGGCACAGGAGAACUCAAUCUACUGUAAGUUACAUAGUGGUGCUAGCAAGGGCUGCAUGGUACGGGGCUGUGCAAGAGGCGCACAUGGAGGCACACCUUUAUGCAUUGGCCAUGGAGGAGGGAAGCGGUGCAUUAUCCCUGGAUGUCCAAAUGCAGCAUGUGGCCAAGGCCGUAGUGACCGCUGCAUAAGGCAUGGUGGUGGCAAGAGAUGCAAAUUUGAAGGGUGUGCAAAGGGUGCACAAGGGAACACAGAUUACUGUAUCAGGCAUGGUGGGGGAAGGCGGUGCAAAUUCGAAGGAUGCACAAAGAGUGCACAAGGACGGACAGAUUUCUGCAUUAAGCAUGGUGGGGGCAGUCGGUGCAAGUUCCAAGGAUGUGGUACGAGUGCAAAAUGGGGUACAGAUUUCUGUUCAGUCCACAGGAAGAGUCUAUUGAGUAGUGACAAUGAUAUCCCUGAAGCUUUGCCGGCCUCUUCAGAAAAGCGACGUCGAGCCAAGAAACCCAAAAAGGCAGCCAAGCCGUAUGAACUCUCGCAAGAGAGUGUUACCACAGCUGGUAUUGCUGGUAGCAGCACACAGCAGAUGGGUGUUCUUCUGGUAGCUACCCCAGUUCCCAACCAUGACAUGUUAACUAAAGGUGUAACAGUGAUGGCCCGAGCUGCAAUAACUCACCCACAGAUUGUGGCACCGCUCUCCGUGAAAUCACCAACAGCAUCUGGAUCAGUUGCUUCAGCGGAGAGGGAGACAGGAGCAAGCAGGGCAAUGUUGGGUCUGUAGAAAUAUGGUGGCAGUGCAUAAUUUGGGAAGCUUGCACAAAUAUUUUCAAACUCGCCAUUUGAUUAUUGCUUUCGCCUGAUAAACGUCGAAACUUUAGUAGCUGUUCAUAUUAACAGGUUCUCUACAACUGACUAGUGAUGUUCUGUGGCUUUACAAUUUGUCCUAUGAAUCUCUAGAUGUUCUUGUGUAUGUUCUCUUGUGCCUUGUAGCAUGGAAACCGGUAAGCGGACCAUUUGGAAUGUGGACAAUAAGCAAAAAUACUGCACCAUUGUCUAGUUUGUGUUCGAAGUACUGUGCUGUUCGGGUGUA